AAGUAAGGAACCUCCUAUGACGUCAUUCAUAUGCCACUCAAAAUGGCUGUCGACACGAACUUCUCAGCUAAAAGAUUGCAAUAACGGAAAUUUUAUUUCUUGAACAUAGGUAAUAAUAAUUAACGUUAAAAAACAGUUUGACUUGGCUGAGAGUAAUAUAUCAUGUCGUUGGAGGAUCCCUUUUUUGUCGUCAGAGAUGAAGUUCAAAAAGCAUUACAGACUGCUAGGGGAUUACUUGCACGAUGGCGAGAACUGCAGGAGGAGCCUACGAUGGUUUCAAGAGAAGAGGUUGAAUAUACAACCAGUGAGCUUCGUAACAGUCUGCGAAGUAUAGAGUGGGAUCUAGAGGACCUUGAAGAGACAGUGAGUAUUGUGGAGAAGAAUCCAAAAAAAUUCAAGAUUGAUGAGUUUGAGUUAAAUGACAGAAGAAAUUUUAUCGACAGAACAAGGGCGACUCUCAAGGACAUGAAAAGUCAGAUCAGCAGUCCUAGCUCUCACUCAGCUAAUGGAUCCACAGAUUCCAGUACCAGACAGGCAUUGCUAGCUUCUAAUGGUCCUAGUAGACCCCAAGAUCGAUAUACUCGUCUUGAUGCAGAAAUGGAGCGAGCCAAUCAGCAUUACAUUGAUGAGACCAAUCAACAACAGCAGCUGCUAAUACGGGCGCAGGAUGAUCAGCUAGACAUGAUUGGCUCUAGCGUGGGUGUUUUGAAAACCAUGAGUCAGCACAUAGGCAACGAACUUGAAGACCAGAAUGCAAUGCUCGAUGAUUUUCGUCAUGAUAUGGAUCACACUGAAACGAGACUUGACCAGACAAUGAAAAAGAUGGCCAAAGUUAUGCAUAUGUCCAAUGAUCGCCGGCAGUGGCUUGCCAUUGUUGUUCUUCUGGUUGUCCUUGUCAUCGUCGUCAUUCUUUUCUUUGUUCUGUGAUGAAAUAGGAGAGGAGUAUUUUGUUUUUCAAAACUUGUCUUCAAACUCUGAACUAUACUGUCAAAAAUGCUACAGCUUCCAGCAGUUUGCACAGAUGGCCUUGAAAGGCUUUCAUCAUCCUCCAUCUUUCCUAUGUUUGCCAAGCCCAAAUCUCAAAGGAAACGUCAUGAAAUGGCACUUUGCUUAAACUUGCUUAACUACCUAGAGAGCAAGAAAGAUCUGUACAUUGUUAGAAUCACUGUCUGAACUUUUGUCAAUGUAAUAUAGAGUGAUGUAAAACUGUGAUGCUGCAUUUAAUGUUUUACUUAAAGGGAUCUCCACCAGCAUAUGUGUCACAUGGAUUUUGAUAUAGUGAUUCACAGCAGACAAUAACAAGUGAGUUGUCUUGUGUCUUGCAGUUUACAAUGUGUUUUAUUUCUCAGACAAAAACCUUUGCAGCCAUAACAUGUAUUGUGUAAUAAUAAGUUGUAAAAUACAUGGAUGUCAUUAUGUCUGUAUGUCUUGCAUGAGGUUUACCUUAGGUACAUAUUUUCCUAAUGAGUAAUAAGGACAGUGAAGAUUUUUGUCUGUGCAAGAGUUUUUCUGUUUGUGAGCGUUAACUAUUUUUUUCUUUAAUUAGGAGUACAAUUGUCAAAAAUUCUUGCCUGUUGAGUGUGCACUUGAUUUCUUGAUGCAAGCACUGUUCAUUGUUGUCUGAAACCCUCAAAAGUGAUCAACAGCUUAAAGAAAUAUUGAAAACAGGGACAUCAUUAUAUUAUUAUUAAUUUAAGAAAUAUAUGCACAGAAAUAAAAACCGUUCUUAAGAAACAGUGAUAAGAAUAAAUUGUGCUGAUAUUAUGUUUAAAAGAUAUACAAAGUUGAUUUAUUUUACAGCCAUACGUGUCUGUUAUUAUUUGUUUAGUCAUGUGCUUAAAAGUUGUGAGAUAUUUUGUGAACUUCAGAUGUACACAUUUAUGUAUUUCAGCAUUUUGUGUCUUUGUGAUGGUCCUUUUUGAAUGUGCUCUUUUCUGGACAUGCGUGGUUGAUGGUUGAUGAUUUGGGUCUAAGUCAUGAUUUGGGAUUGUGAAUGAGAAUGUGCUAAAGUUUUACUGUACAAAACUACCAAGGCAGUGUGUAAUACUUGGAGGCAGAUGAUAUUUAUAUUUGUGUAAUAUCCUGCAUGCAUGUAAUUAUCAUAAUUCAUACAAUUAUAUUUGUAUUUAGAGAAAGUGCAUGUUAGGUUGAGAGCGAUAACUUAUUAAGUAAAGCUUAACCAUGCGGAGAGAGAUAAUGAAAUUUUGACUUAAAAUAAUAGCAUGCUGAUAAAAUGAUCAUUUAAUCAUGCAUAUAAGCAUUCAAAAGGCACUUCUAAAUAUGAGUUAUGUGAUAUGUAAUAUAUAACAGAGUAUGUCAGAGAACAAAUGUUUGUACGUUCUAUUAUGGUGGCUGCAGGCAAUGACAGCAUCUAGGUUCAAACAGCUUGUUCUGGAAUGCAUCAGAGUAUAAUUUAAAUCUGCACUGAAGCAGGUACAAGAUCUGAAGGCAUGGUAGACACCAGGGACCACAGAAGUCUAUGUUUACAUUAUUUUAGUUCAUACUUAUAGGCCAUAGUUAACAUAGUUAAUCUCUUUGCAUUUUUGCUUUGGAUUGGGAGCAGGAAAGGGGCUUAACACGAAGAUUGAUGCCUGUAUGUAUAGCCACUUCUGAGGUAACUUUAUCAAAAGUGUGUGUAGUGAUGUUGAGGAGGACCACAAAGAGCAGCUUUGCACCACCAAAGUCAGGUUAUACCUUUCUAAGAUAAAAAGAGAAUUGCUUUGAAAGUGCCUGAAAAUUAUUUCUGUUCAUUUUAUUUGUUGUGUCUUUUGUUUUGUUUUAUUUGCCUAAAAAAUGUUAACUCAUGGUAGAAUGUUCUUCAUUUAAAACAGUUGCCUAGCUAGCUGACAGGAUUCUAUAUUAAUAUUAUUAUCACGUUCUGAGAAUUGUAUAGGUUUUUCUUUAAUUAAAAUACUUUUACUCAUGCUAGCUUUUUGCAUUAUUUGAAGCAGCUGCCUUACAGAAGGAAACAGCGUGGUUACUUGGUUUCAUUGGUGAUGGUAAUAGUUUCUCCAAAAAAAUGUACAAGCUAUCAGCAUUAGAGUAGAAGUAUUUUAAAUGCCAGAAUUUAAAAAAAAGGCAUUUAACAAAGCAAAUGGUCAGUAAUUUAGUUUGCCAGCUGGGAUAUUUUGCUCAUAACUCUUAAAAAGGUUUCAUUUGUACACACACACACUCCAGCAUAAACUGCAUGAGAUCUUUAGCCUGAUGAUUAUGAAUAUCAGCUAGACUAGCUAACAGUUGGCACCACUGUUAGAUGAAGAAUAUUAUCUUGGAUUCAUCUCUUUUUUUUUUUUUUUUUUGCACAAUGUACCAUGAACGUAUCUUGGUGAUGAAGCAGCAAGCGACUCUAUACAACCAGUUUUGUUAUAUUCAACUUAAAUGUGAUACCAGUAUUGUGCAAAUAACAUUAAAAGUCUAAUAUUUUAAUUAACUUUGUUUUUUGUUUUUGUUGUGCUACUGAACUGAUGAGAAAAAUCAAAAACAAAAUAGUGGGACCAUUUGUCAGUCAAAAUUAUGUAGCUGUGUUUACUAUUGUAGAAUAUAAAACUUUCUUUGUAUUGAAUGAAAAUGAUGCCAUAACUCCUUUUUUUUCUUUUUUUUUUUUUUUUUUUGCAAGAUGUUCUGGCAUGCAAUCUUUAUUUGCUUUUUUCUUACAAGUUUUGUCAGCAUGCCAUUUGGACUAGGAAUGACAAAGAUGUAGUUUUUUUUACUGCAUGUCUGACUUAACUCUUUUCAGCUCAUUAGAACAUGGUAUAAUUUUUUU